GUUCUUCAUAUCUACGGAAUUCCGUCGUAUGUCCUGGUGACCUUACAAGAUCGGUCCGCUCUGACCGAGGUUAAUCGUCCAACCUUUACAUAGAGAAGAUGAUCUGGAAAACUGUUUGUCACUUUGAAAGAAGCCUCCGAGUUCGAAUCUAUUGUUUCAGUUGUUGAAAUGGCAGCUCCGCAAGCAAUUGACCCAGACAUCCUUCCUCGUCUCGAUCCCGAGUACGUUGCCUUCCAUAAUAAAUAUGUUGCUCAUCUCGUUCCCCCUCACUCUCUACCUUGGGAUCCCGCCAUCCGUAAGGGUGACACCGUACCAGGAAGCGCAGAGGUCUUGUCAGUCGGCAGUGUUCAAGACUAUGACUUGACCCACUGUAAGGUACGCGUCUUUACGCCGGAGGGCACUCCUCCCCCUGACGGCUGGCCUGCAUACGUCUGGUACCACGGUGGUGGAUGGACCCUCGGAAACAUUAGCUCAGAAAACGCUUUCUGCUCUCGGCUCUGCAAAGGAGCGAAGUGUGUUGUAGCAUCACCAGACUAUCGCCUUGCGCCAGAGCAUCCUUACCCCGCCGCAGUGGAAGAUUCAUUUGAAACGCUGCAAUGGGUCUUUGAGCAGGGAAAAUCCCUCUUAGGAGUCGAUCCUACGAGACUGGCGAUUGGUGGUUCAUCUGCUGGCGGUAAUCUUGCUGCCAUAAUCUCCAUGAAGGCUGCCGAGCUUAAACCACCUAUCCAUCUGAAGCUUGCACAGCUCAUUGUUCCGGUGACCGACAACACUGCUCUCCACACGGACGAUCGGUACCCAUCUUGGAAGGAGAACGCAAAUACAGUCUGGCUCAAUACAGGGAGGAUGCUCUGGUUCCGUAAUUUCUACAUUCCAAAAGAGUUAGAAAGGACCGAGUGGGACAACUCUCCAAUCUUUGCGCCCGAUGAACUGCUAGCCAAAUCUCCAAAGACCUGGAUCGCGGUGAUGGAACUUGACAUUCUUAGAGACGAAGGCCUGGCAUACGGCGAACGACUUAAGAAAGUUGGUGUGCCAGUCUCACACAAGGUGUAUGCGAAGGCACCGCAUCAGAUUUUGGCUAUGGAUGGUGUUUUGAGUGUCGGUCGCGAGCUCGUGAGUGAUGCUGUCGAGAACCUUGCCGAAGCCUUUGGUACAUUGUGAAUCAAUGGAGUUGCGAGUAUUUUGUACUAAGUAAAGUUGGCCAAUUGGGCUGAAUGUGAUAACGAGGAUGUGGCCGCUUUUUUCGUCCAAGCCUGUGCUAUAGGUACUACUGUCAUCUAGGUCUUUCCUACUGCUCAAGGCGAAUAUUAUUGGUGUGCUACCCC